AAAAUUUCUAAAAUUUCCUAAACCUGUCCCAUUUUAUCCCUAAAAUUCCUGUUUCAUCUCGAGACUAUUUCUUAGAACUCUUUGCAGCAGGCUGGAAAAAAAUUAACCGGCCCUUUGAGCCUGUCCCAGAGGCAUAGCUUUCCCCAGGCUGCGCUGUGCCUGUGCGCCCGGAGCGCCUAUGCCGUCCUGGUUGGUCUCUCAUUGCGCUGUUUACAGGAAGUCAGCCUGUGGGCAUGGUUCUCAGGAUAAAGGGGGAGUUACUCAUGCCUGUGAAUGGAUGCAUUCACUUUAUCCUUGAGCUCUUUGGUUCUCUUAAAGAAGGGCGUAUUCUUUGAGAGCAUGAUGUAUGUGAAGAUGAAGAGCAGUACUUUCUGGCCAGUCUUGUUUCUAGUCCUAAUUGUUUUGUUCUCAGGAGCAUUUACUGUCUUUGUCUUGUUCCACUUGUUUCUUUCGUCCUGUUUAAGGAGCAUCCAUUAAGGAGAGCUCCCCCUCCCGGAGAAGUACAGCCUGGCCGUCCUGAGCUCUCCGCGCCCAUGUCGGCACCAACGUGCCUCCCGCCAGCUGCCGAGGAGCCCGACUGCGUCGUGGUGGUGAAGAUGGAAGGGCAGGAGGAGGCCUGGGACCUGGAACCCGGCCUGCCCCGCAGAGGCCGCUCCAGCCCCGAGGCCUUCCGCCAGCGGUUCCGGCAGUUCGGCUACCAGGAGCAGUUCGUGGCCAUCCUGCCCGAGGAGCUGCAGGCCUGGCUGCGCGCGCACGGCCCGGGGAGCGGGGAGGAGGCCGUGACGAUGCUGGAGGAGCUGGAGAAGGAGCUCGACGGGCCGGCAGAGCAGGUUUUGGGACAAAAUGCAGGGGACGUGGCAGCUCAGGAAAUCACUCGGGAGUCGCCAAGUGGCCCACCCCAGCCUGCGAAGCCGCAGCCGCCGUGCCCAUCGUGGGAGCUCCACUCCUCCAGGCCAUGCGAUAAGGACACAAGAACUCAAAAUGUGAAAUCAGCUUCGAGGCCAAAGACUUCUUCGGGCGUAGAACUGCAUGGCGAUGUUCCUAACACCGUUCACAGGAACGCUUCCCAGAGUUCCACAUCCAGAGGAACCAGCAGCCAAGAUGGCACGCUGGAUAGCAGACACGGAAAUCCUUCUCGAAAAAAACAGCGCACGUGUGACGAGUGUGGCAAAACCUUCAGUCAGAGCUCAGCCCUCAUACUCCACCAGAGGAUCCACAGCGGAGAGAAGCCUUUCGCAUGUGACGUGUGUGCAAAGGCUUUUAGCCGGAGUGCGGUCCUCAUUCAGCAUCGGAGAAUCCACACCGGGGAAAGGCCCUACAAGUGCCACGAGUGUGGGAAAGCCUUCAGUCAGAGCUCGAAUCUCUUCAGGCACAGGAAAAGCCACACGUGCGUGGGUCCUGGGAGGGAGUCAAAGCGUCUACUCAAAACUUUCUCAACAGAGGAAGACACACGGCACCAGUAGCUCCCUAGUGUAUAUCACUGGUCUUAAUGAGCAGGGUCUUCUCUAAGGUCAUAAAGGAGAGGAUACAGACCAUCUUAUGUCAGCCUUGUUUGCUUUUUGGCUACUGUAUUGAUAAGCAGAAAAGCAGACGAGACUGAAUUGAACUUCUGAUUUCCAUCCGGAGAGUAGCUCUUGAAAGACAUUCUCAGACACGUUCUAUUUCUGCUCUUUGCACCAACAAUGACAUAGUACAGUGGCCCCUCGAACACUGGUUUGAACAGCACAAGUGUUAACUUUAUGUAUAUUUUUCUCAGUGAGUAUACAGUUGGCCCUCUGUGUUCCUCGGCUUCAACCAACCACAGAUUGAGUCUGCAGAUGCAGGGGGCCAACUGUGUGCAUUGUUCUAUGCCAUUUCAUACAAGGGAAUUGAGCACCCACUGAUUUGGGUAUCUACUGGGGGUGGGGGUGGGGGUGGGUAGGUGAGCCUGGAACCAAUCCUCCGCAGAUACUGAGGGACGACUGUGUAUUUCUUUUUAGACAAAUGCAUGUCCCCUGUUGAGAAAGAAUGUGAGUUACUCCGUAUAAAAACAGAUAAUCUUUUCCAUUUCAUACCUUAAGUAUGAGAGUUCUCAGACCAAAGAUGAAAGCACUUUUUAAACAUUUCUCAUUUUGCUUUCUGUUACUAGAUUUUUAAAUAUGAGGAUAGGAUUGAGGAGGCCCAAGAGAAUAUGUACCUCAAGAUCUAGGCUGAAACGCCCAGGGUCAUUGUCAGGAGGCUGGUGAGUAAAGGGACUUAAUCUCUUACGAAAACUCACAAGAGCUUAGACAUUACUGAUGAGACUAACAAAUUUCCUGUGUAGGAAAAAGAAUAAUCUCCUUUACAAUGUAAUUUGGAGAUAACUCAGUGAAGGCAGUAAGAUGACUACACGUCUUCAGGGAGUGGCUUCGGCCUAAGGAAUGUUCUGGUAAUGAGGUGGGUUGUCUAUGCUUAUGUAAGGUUGAUGACCCUCUUAAUGUGAAGGGAAGGAAAAGGGAGAUGAAGAAAAGACUCCAGAUGAGACUGACUGGUGUGACCCGGGUGUUGGCGAGUGCGGUGUGUGAUGGAGAGGGUACCAUGGCUUUGCUGGAAAAGGAAGCCCUUCCCAGCUGAGGCCUGUCCCUCCGGGCUCCUCCUGGCCCCCUUUAGCUGUGACCGUGUUUCAGGCACCACAAGGCAGCCUUGUCAGGGUCUUAUACGUUCUUAACAAGAUGAUUUUCAAAUGUUUGCAAAAUGGGACCCCGGAUUUUGACGCUCUUGUACGAAUGAAACCACGGAAGUCAAUUGAGCACCCGCCAAAGUUUUACCCACGUUCAGUCAGAGUCCCUGUACAAAUGUAAAAUGACCGAUGUGUGUGUUAUUAACGUGUCCUGACAGGAUGCAGCAGGCCCUCCCCUUUCUCAGGGAGUCUGGGUAAGACUGUUCUGAGAAUGUAUGUAUCGCUGUGUUUCCCUGGCGUCACAGUGACCUUACACGGGGAACUUCUCUGCUGCGGGGGGCUCCUCAGGAAGUGUCAGCGCGUCAUCAGAAGAUCCACCUGUGUCCAGUGCUUAGAGUCGCCCCAGACACAGAGGUGGGGUCACUGAGCUCUGCUUACUCCAUUCAUAAGAUUAGUAGAGGGAGAAGUAAAUGUAAGCUUUAAUUCCGGAAUCUGCUGAUGGCGAUUAUAUUUUAUAGUUCUGGGGAAUAUAUUGAGUUCUGUAUAUUUUCCGUUAUUGAAAAUGUAGGGAUUCUUUGUUUGGUGCCGGUCGCUAGUUAAGAGAGGAAUAAGCCAUCUAUUAAAGUAGCAAAUGCCUC